AUUCGUAAAUCCAGCCAGCUGGGCGAACUGUGGCUAGGCCGCUCAGUCUACCGAACCUAACCGAUUCGCUUUCCCCGUCUCUCUCACAGUCUCACUCCCCAUGGAAACUGCGUCCGAGUUCAACAUUCCUUUCUAGACUGCAAAAGCAAAAACCUCCCACACCAGAAAUAUAUCUUCUCUUCCUGCUCACCUCGUCCAUUUAGGCAAUCAGUAUGCAUAACUUAAACAUGGCGCUGCUCUCCUCCUCUUCUUCUUCUUCUCCGAAAUUGGUUAUUGGAUAUCCCACUUCACUCCAAAACCCUACUCCCAGUGGAAGAACCCUUCCCUUCCACCUCCGGAAUUGCCUGAUUCCCCCACACCGUUCCAGAAUUUCCAUCUCAGCUUCGUCCAGUGGCUCCAGCAGCUCUGCACACCCUCCACAGUCGCACUCGGAGGCUGCUCGUUCUACUAAUUCCGGACAUGGGAACUUUGGGCCUAGCUUAUUCGCUAGCAUUUCCUCAUCGAGUGGUCAGCAGACAUCUUCUGUUGGUGUUAGCUCACAGCCUGUGCCUACCGCUCCUUCACAAGUUGGGUCACCUCUCUUUUGGGUUGGAGUCGGUGUUGCUUUCUCUGCGCUUUUUUCAUGGGUGGCUUCAUACUUGAAGGUCAGUUUUCUUGACUUGCAAGGUGUAUAUAAAUAUGCAAUGCAGCAAGCUAUGAAAACUAUGAUGAACCAGAUGAAUACUCAAAAUAGCCAAUUUGGCAACGCUCCCAUUUCGCCUUUUCAAUUCCCAAUGCCUACAACUUCUGUGCCUGAUACCUCACCUUCACGCACAACUUCACCACCAUCUUGGCCUGCUGCACCUUCGUUUUCUGCAUCCUCAGCAACCGAGGUUGCUACCCCACCACCUCCUAGUGUUUCUCUACCGAGGGCGACCAUAGACGUUUCUACAACGAAGGUUGAACAGUCUUCAGCCACUAACAUGAAUAAUGAUGUGGAGACUAAGGAGGAUAAAAAGAAGUACGCUUUUGUGGACAUUUCUCCUGAAGAUCGAGAAACCCUAGUGAGGACUCCUUUUGGAAGUGCUGAUGAUGUCAAUGAGACAAGCUCCUUAAAGGAUGCUCCAUUUGAAGCUUCUCAAAAUGGAGCUACUUUUAAGCAGGAUGCUCGUACGACUGAGGGUUCUCAAUCUACGAUUUACAUAUCUGAAGGAACUUUUUCAUCUUCAUCAGCGACAGGUCCAACUUUAUCGGUAGAUGCUUUAGAGAAAAUGAUGGAAGAUCCGAUCGUACAACAAAUGGUUUACCCAUAUUUACCCGAGGAGAUGCGAAAUCCUACCACUUUUAAAUGGAUGCUACAAAAUCCACAGUACCGUCAACAGCUGCAAGACAUGCUAAACGACAUGGGCGGGAACAACGAAUGGGACACACGCAUGGUGGAUUCCUUGAAAAAAUUUGAUCUCGAUAGUCCUGAGGUUAAGCAGCAGUUUGAUCAAAUUGGGCUUACACCGGAAGAGGUAAUCUCGAAGAUUAUGGCCAAUCCCGAAGUUGCUAUGGCAUUUCAAAACCCAAGAGUGCAACAAGCAAUCAUGGAUUGUUCACAAAAUCCAAUGAGCAUAGCGAAAUAUCAGAAUGACAAGGAGGUGAUGGAUGUUUUCAACAAGAUAUCGGAGCUCUUUCCCGGGGUCACUGGCCCUUAAUUAACAAUAAUAAUAAUAAUCAGUGAUUCCAUCCAAUAAGCAAUAGCAAUAAGCAAUUGGAUGGAGAUGCUCUUAAUGCUGCGGAUUUAGAGGUCUUAGUGAGAAAUUUUGGAUGCUUCCUUUUUCUUGUUGGAAGUAGAAGACGGUGCUGGCCCCUGGCUGAGCUUUUAACUUUCGAAGAGUGGAGAAAGGAUGCGGAUGCACCUCAUAAUUUAUAGGCAUCAUAAUCUUAUAUUUAUAUUUAUCACUAGUAAUGAGCCCGCGCUCCGUUGCGGGGUAUGAUUUAGUUUUGGAAUUAGAUUGUUCAUCAAGUAUUUUUUUGUAGUUUACAGUUUCCUGAUGAAUAGAUUCUUAUACUAACAUUGUUCAACAUUGCAAUAUAACCAUUCCCA